CUCCCAAUAUCUUUGUGUCCCAAUGUCCGUUGGGCCAUUAUGGAAGCCCAAGUUCAACGUGAUGCAUUUUACCGGCGGUUUUCUCUCUCAUUUGCUGAUAAAGUUAUACGUGGUACUGGUAGCAUGAACCUGAAACUAAGAAUCUAUGAAGAAGAGGGUUCAGUUUCUGGUAUCUGUUGCUGCCGUCAUUGUUCUUAGCAUCACAGCUGAAAAAUGCAGGCACCUUGUUGGGGAGAAGGGGUCAUCCCAAAGUGGAAAGUUCACAGUCUUAAAUUGCUUUGACAUGGGUUCAGGAACUUUAGCAUGUGGUGUCAAGGAAGGUGUGAAGCUCUACAUCAACAAUAUCAGAGCUGCUCAUGUUGAAGGAGCAAGGCAUGCCGCAAUCCAAUCUGCCCUCGCUGAUGCCGCGUCGCAGGGGAUGUCACCAGCUGAUUCAGAAAAACGUGCUCAGAAAGAAGGUGCAAAGGCAGCGAAAUUGGCUUCGCGCAAGGCGAAGCGCAUUGUUGGUCCCAUCACCUCUUCAGGAUGGGACUUCUUUGAAGCUGUUUACUAUGGUGGUACCUACACUGAGGGGUUCCUCAGGGGAACUGGUACUUUGUUUGGUACUUAUGGUGGAGGCUUCUUUGGAGAGCAAAGGCUUGGGAGGUUUGGUUAUCUUGUUGGAAGUCAAUUGGGAAGUUGGGUUGGAGGUAGAAUAGGGCUAAUGCUAUAUGAUGUGGCUAAUGGAGUGCAUUUCUUGUUGCAUUUUGUUCAAAGUGAUGGAAGUGAAGUUCAAUAAACUUAAUUAAGCUCACCAUGAGGCAUGAAGUGCAUGUUUGGAAACUCGUUAGCAAAAGUCACGAGAUGUUUUUUUUAUCCACCAUGAUUUGGCUUCAUAUAGUUUUCAAACGAAUUUAAAAAAUGCAAGAAGAAAUAUAUGAAACAAGUACUAGAAACUCCUAUUUUCCACAAAAGUCCUGUUUAGGACAGUAAUUGUAAAGAUUCUUUAUAAAUUAUAAAUCUACAUUCUAUCAGGGAUAUCAAGCCGGGGCGGAUAGACCUUAUAGCUUAUUGAGGCAUUUUCCCCCACAAAUUUUUUUAUGUUUCCUUAAAAGUAUAUGUUCUUUGUAAUAUUUGCUUUACAAAAUUUUUAUUUUCCUACUACUACAUGUAUAAUUUGCCCCCAUUGCUUAUUUAUAU